AUGACCUCAGCUGCUCCGCAGACCGCGUUGCUCACGCAAGCGGAACCCGAUCAUUUGGAGAUCGUGCUGACUGGAGGACCGUGCGCAGGCAAGACGACGGCGGCCACUAGGUUGAGGGAUACCUUUCGAGCUAAGGGUACAAUCCACGGCGAAGAGGACGCCAGAAUCAAACGAUUCGUGUGCGGAAAGAUCUCGACGAGGUUCCGUGUCUUCACGGUUCCGGAAGCUGCCACGUCCAUGUUCACCAACGGCGUGGGCUUUCAAGACCUAGGAGAGAAAGCAAAACGGUUCGCGUUCCAAUGGAGCAUACUUUCGCUGCAGAUGAAUCUCGAGGAUGGGUUCGAGCGGUUCGCUAGGGCGUGCGGAGAGCCUUCGAUCCUGCUGUGUGACCGAGGACUGAUGGACGGAUCGGUUUACAUGCCGCCUGAGGAGUGGGAUUCGCUGGUGGAAGGUAACGGCAUGGACGAGCGAUCCCUCCGAGACGGUCGUUACGACGGCAUCUUCCACCUGGUAACCGCGGCUUGCGGGGCGGAAGAGCACUACUCCCUGGAGAACAACCAAGCUAGAAGCGAGUCCGUGGAGAUGGCAAGGGAUGUCGACGGCAGGACCGAGGGCGUUUGGCUGGGACACCCCCGGCAUGUGGUGUUCGAUAACUCCACCGACUUCGAGGCGAAGAUGUCGAGAAUCACGUCCGCCGCGUCGAGGCUUGUCGGCCUCCCUUGUCGUCCCAGAAAGCUCUGCAAGUUCCUCCUGUUCGAACCACCACCGCCGUUGGAGGAGUUUCCGGUACCCGUGAGAGAGUUUCACGCGGAGAAGGUCUUUCUCGUCAAGCGAGAUACGGCGGAAGCGGGGGAGAGCGGCCUCAUGACCGUCCCAGCCGAAACCUCGGGAGGGGACGCAGACGGAGAAGGAGAUGCUAAUGUUGAUGUCCCCGCUGCCGUGUGCGUCUCGAGCGAGUCUUUCCUCGAGAAGAGGGGCAAGACCAAAUCAGAGGUGUUCGUGUACUCUAUAACGACGAUCUCCACCUUCUCCGAUGGCACGGUUACGGAGGUGACCAGGCACUUGUCAGCUGCGCGGCACGCGUCGAUCGAGAAGGAGAGGGCAGAUCCGGCGAGACCUAAGGUGGUACAGCGCAGGGUAUCUUUCUUGUGGGAGAGACAGGUCUUCGAGCUGCACACGGACAUGGAGCCGACGUUCGGGAUCAACGUGCUUCAUCGACGGUCUGAAGGCGGCGAGCUGUCUUUGCCGACAUUCCUCAAGGUAGACGAUUGA